UUACCAUAGUGGACCGAGAUAGAUAUCAGAUUCAUGAGCACGGAAGCGUACACCUUUGCCAGGCGCAAGCGGCUUGUAAAACGAGCGCACUCGAUCAUUCAUAAAGGCGUGUAUAUCUUGUUAUGUAGUUCCUUCCUAUAUCUGUUGGUUUCCUGGCUGUGGAAAGGGGUUGAACCAGAAGUGGAACAUGGCGAGAAUGGUAAACGAAAACGGGUGUGGACAAGAGUUACAGAGCACAGAGCUAAAUGGAGCCGGUCGAGGUACAGCGCGGUGGGGUCCCCAACACGCAGGGGCUCUGGAACUUGCGAAUUUGUAUUCGCCAGGAAAAAGAUGUCAGGAAUGGAUAAGUGUUGUCCUCUGCUUCUCUCUCAUGGCCUUCAACUUUUCUCACCUCCUUGUUAACUUCCACCUGGGUCAUAUGUGGUACAUCCUUUUGGGCAUUGUGGCAGGAAUACUGACUGCAGACUUUGCCUCUGGUCUAGUCCACUGGGGGGCUGACACCUGGGGAUCUGUGGAGCUACCCAUCGUUGGAAAAGCCUUUAUCCGACCAUUCAGGGAGCAUCACAUUGACCCUACAGCCAUCACCCGCCAUGACUUCAUUGAGACAAAUGGUGACAACUGCAUGCUGACCCUGGUCCCAUUAGCACACAUGGCUUUCAAUUUCGUCACCCUCUCGCCUGCGGAGCACUAUCACAACUACCCCUGGCACUGCUAUGUGAUGGCACUGGCCAUUUUCGUUACCCUAACCAACCAGAUUCACAAGUGGUCGCACACAUACUUCGGGCUGCCAGGCUGGGUGGUCUUUCUACAGAACUGCCACAUCAUCCUGCCCCGCAAGCACCAUCGUAUCCAUCACGUUUCCCCCCACGAGACAUACUUCUGCAUCACCACAGGCUGGCUGAACUAUCCCCUGGAGAAGCUGGGGUUCUGGUCUAGGCUUGAGGAUCUGAUCCAGAGUGUGACUGGGGAGAAGCCCAGGUCUGACGAUCUGAAAUGGGCCCACAAAACCAAGUAACCAUGCAGACUGGCUGCAUCGCUACCUCAGGAGUAUUCAGUCUCUUUCGCGCCUAACUCCAGCUGUAAUCAAUAGGAGACACCAACAUAAGGAUCUGGUUUCAGAGAUGCCAUAUAGCUUUAAACCUUGCACAUUUUGUCUGGUUCUAACCGUGGAGCAUUUUGUCAAGGGCCCAGGGGUGUUUUCUUAACCCACUGGAAAUCUGAGUGGGAAGUGCUUUUUGAAAUAACAUUUUGAAAGCACUAAUACAUUGCAAUACUUUCUCAACUCCUCAUCUAGCUCUUUAUUUCUGAUCGUGUAUGUCUAACUUGACUCAACCUUUCUUGAGGUGUAACACUAAAGCCAUUGUCCCCGAAGGGACAGUCAAAUAUUUUUUUCAUCCACUUUACAGACUGAAACUGCUAAAAAAAUAUAUAAUUUUUAAAAAAUAACUCUAUAUCCCAACCAGAAAUACUUGAAGGAAACAGUUUGCUUUUUUUCAGCACUUCGUGUUUGUUAUUCGUCACUGUUUUAAAAAAUAAAUAAAAAAUCUGGUCAUCUCUCACUAGGUAGCAUGGACACAGUAUUUGUGUCAAGUACUGCCUAUUACCUUAACCAGCAUCAACUAUGAAUAGGAAAUUAACAAUUUGCCUACCUAAGAUAUUUUUGCUUAACCUUAUAGUGCAGUGCUGGCUUACAUUUAGUCUACAUCCAAUUGACGUAACUGCUAUGUUCGUCCAGACUUCUCAAACUGCCUUACCAAUCACAGAUGCAUUGAUCUCCUGCCUUUCAUUUCACUUCUCUAUUGCAGAACCUAUCAUGUAAUACUUUUAUUCUUUUCAACCAGUGGUUUUCUGUCUUAAAUUUGCAAGUAUCCAUACAGUCUUUCUCAAGUUAUUUGCCAAUCUUUUUUUACACACCACACACCCUUUUUAAAUCCCAGAAGCAUGGAAGUGGUGAAACACAUCAGCGAUAUUGCCAAUAUAUCUGCCAUCUAACAAUGCCGAGCAGGCUGCAGUGAUGGCCUAAUACUUUGAGUGCAGUAGAGGAGUAAUCAAAAGUGAUGAAUCAUCAUAUUUAGCAAAAUACCUGAAAUAAAAGUGCUUUGUGUAUGCUCUAGUAAUCAUGUUUGUAAAUUAACUGUGCAGCAGAUACCUAUGCAGUCUGACUGGUGGUGAACCUUGUGUCUUAACUAUCUUAACCUAAAACAAAUGGUCUGGUUGGCUAGAAAUGCUAUUUAUGUUCUUAAAUUCCCUUAACAUAGAAAUUAUUUCAUUAUAAAAGGCACACUAUUACCUCUGCGUGUGAUAUUUAUUGUCAUUGUCACGGACCAAACCGUUGAUGUACAAAAUGAACGACUAAGGUAAUUAUGUGGGAGUUAUUUCAUAAUGAAUUCAACUCUGGGGCUUUUAUUUCCAGCACCAAAAACCAGUGACCGUGUGGUGGUGUGUGUUAUUCUCCCAUAUAUAAAUGAUUUCCCAAUUUUAUAUUUGAAAAUAGUUCAGCUUGGGAAGAAUAAAGGUCUCAAACACUG